AUGGGGGUGGUCCUGGCCACGUGUCUGCUGCUAGGAGCGCCAACAUUCGUUGGGUCGGCCAACCUUCAGGCUCACGAAACAGUUAACGGCGAUGCCGUUCAGAAAACCUCGUCUCUGCUCAAUGCGAGCACGGUUCAACAGUCUACCACCAAAAGGCUCCGGCAGAAACUACUUGAGGUGGAAACGGUUGUGGCAUUUCUUCGACAUGACGUCCUGCACACCUUGCCCGAGCCGGAUGCUCCUCAGGUGCAAGACCUCUUGGUGACUGUCGAAAUGUUUACUGUGAAGCUAGACAGGCUUCUAUCACGGGCACCAUAUCCAGACACAGCUCCUGGAAUGAAGAAGGUCGUCAUGCGAUCGGAAUUGCUCUGUCCUGUCAUCGACCAGCUAGCUUCUGCUCUUGCAGGCUUGUCGGGUGCUGCAUCAGGAGAACAGGCUACCGUCGUUCUGCAGAUCAAGUCUUCUCUGGUGAAUGCGAGGGCGCUCGACCCAUCUGCCUACCUUCCGAACCUGCCAAUGAGAUAUGCUGCGAACGGCGUAAAAGUGGUACUGUCAUUCGCACAAGUUGUUGCUGCCACUCCCCUAGUGCUGGUUGUGAGGCGUUCAAACACCCUCCGAUCAUUUCUAGGAGGGCUGGACAUGGUGAACUUUACCGUGCCGAAGGUUUUUUCUGCGACGUGCUUGGUACACGGUACCUUCUACGGUGAACUCGUUUUUAAAACUAUCGCACCGCUGGGCGUGGCCAUCGUGAUCAUGGGCGUUCGCACAUUUCUUCGCUCCAGCUGCAUCACCGACGGUCGUACAUGGCGAGGCCGAUCAAUGAAGUGCAACGAGUGCCUCCUCGCGCUUACGUACUUUGUGCAGACUCCUGCCAUCAACGCGGCUCUCAGGACACUUUCUUACGAACCUCGAGCUUGGUGGUACGAAAUAUUCGAAACCUGCCGUCGGAUUCUGCUCACCAGCCUGGUUUUCUUUGCCACGAGAACAUCCAUGCAGCUGUGGAUAGCGAUGGGUUUCACAGUGCUCAGCCUUGUCAUGAACGUGGUGUUCAGCCCGUUCGUGGAGAUCAUACAUGACUCUCUAUAUUCCAGCGCGCAAAUAUCGGACGGAAUACAGCUUGAUUGUGUACCUCGAGGGGAUCCACUGGGCGUCAGCGUGGACGAAACCAACGAAGAACACCGACCAAGAUUGCCUCCACUAGAACCAACACCAGUUCAUCGUGUCGGAACCAGCGUCGAGUUCGAAACCCUGUUAUGUUCGCCGCUAGGGAGCAGAAAUGAGGAGAUUCGCAGCAAAACGACAGAAAACGCGACGCAUAAGAGCACCAGCAGUCCAACAAGCCUCUCACAAGCACAAAGCCGUCGCACUCAGAUGGAGUGCUGUGCCCGAAGGAAGCAAGACCAUUCUGCGCCCGCGACAGUGGCGGAUGCACAUCUACGUGCGAAGAAGAGCGCCAGAGCUCGAUCAUUGGCGGGUAUCAACAUGAGACGGGCCACCGUAGCUCUGGCGGAUGACGACGAACCCUGCGGGGAAGACUGCAUUCAACCAGGGGAGCCCAACGUAUAAGCGUUCAACCAGGAAGGACAAACGACCUUUCUUUAGUCCUGGGUUGAUAUUUUGUCCGAUUUUCGUAAGGGUGCGAGCGAGUGAAAGGCACAGAUCAGAGUGGUCGAUCAGACUGGUGGGAGCGUCUCCAAAAUGCGAGAAAGAUAGUGCAGAGCUUCGGACGACGGCCCC